UUCUUGGUGCCGGGUACUGAGACUUACAUAUUUUUUAAGUCAGAAUCGUCCCCAGUCAAGUCUUGUUAUUUUUUCAAGUCCGCACACUUUGACAACAACUUGGUCUCAGCGGAAAAAUAAUUGCAUUUAGUCAUCUAAUAACCCCAUGAGCUAAGGCAAAGAUUAGAUUUUAAUUGAAUUCUGAAAAGUAGAAGCACAAGAAGCAAUGGAAGCCAUAAAUAUUCAUUUCUUCUUGUUUUUCAUAUUGAUUCUUUAUGGUGCUGCAGAUACCAUACCAGUAGAUCAGCCUUUAACAGAUGGAAACACCAUUAUUUCAUCAGGUGGAAAGUUUGAGUUGGGAUUUUUCUCCCCUGGCACAUCCAGGAAAAGGUACAUCGGAAUAUGGUUCAGCAAAGUUUCUAUACAGACAGUGGUAUGGGUUGCUAAUGGAGACAGUCCACUCAAUGACAGAAAUGGUAUGCUGAAUUUUACUAGGCAAGGAAUUCUUACUCUUCUUAAUGGUUCUGGCCAUGUCAUUUGGUCCUCCAAUGCUACCAGGUAUGCGCAAAAUUCAACAGCGCAGCUUCUUGAUUCAGGUAAUCUUGUUGUUCGAGAUGCAACUGUGAAUUACUUGUGGCAGAGUUUUGAUUAUCCCACUGACACAUCUUUGCCUGGAAUGGAGGUUGGAAUCGAUCUUAAGACUGGUUUUCGUCGUUCCCUCUGGUCAUGGAAGAGCACAAAUGACCCUUCCAGGGGUGAGUUUACUUGGACAUUCGAUCCUCAUGGAUUCCCACAGCCAUUUAUCAUGAACGGUUCCAUUGAACGCCACAGGUUUGGACCAUGGAAUGGUCUAGGAUUUGCUAGUGCACCAUCUCGGCUACCAAGUCCUGGUUAUAAAUAUACAUAUGUAUCCAAUCCUGAGAAAAUAUCUAUCAUGUAUGAGCUCACAGACAGCUCUAUCUUUGCAAGGGUAGUAAUGCAACUAGAUGGGGUUCUACAGCUUUCAUUAUGGAAUAAUCAAACACAGAAUUGGGAUAAUUACUUUGGUAGCGCACCAGCAGAUGACUGUGACAUUUACAGUCGGUGUCACGGAUAUAGUUUGUGCAAUAAUGGCAACUCUUCAAUCUGCAGCUGUUUGGAUCAGUUUGAACCCAAAAACCCAACAGAAUGGGCAAGGGAAAAUUGGUCAAGUGGCUGUGUUAGAAAGACAACAUUGAAUUGUCAAAAGAAAGUUAAAUUCUUGAAGUAUCCAGGCAUCAAAUUGCCAGACACUCGUUUUUCCUGGUACAAUCAAGGAGUGAAUCUUAGUACAUGCGAGGAAUUGUGCUUGAGAAACUGUUCGUGUGCCGCAUAUGCAAAUCCAGACAUAACAGGGACAAAUGAAGGCUGCUUGCUUUGGUUUGAUGAGCUGAUCGACAUCAGAGAUCUUGGUGCUAGUGGGCAAGAUAUCUAUAUAAAGUUGGACUCUUCCCAGUCAGAGAACUCCAGCGUAGAGAAAGUAAAGAAAUUGAGGAUCAGCUUGCCGUUGGCAGCAUCGAUUCUUCUCUUGGCAUUAUGUUUGAUCUUGUACAUAAAGCAAAAGAAGAAGAAGAAGAAGAAGAAGAAGAAGAAGAAGGAUCAGGAUCAGGAUCAGGAUCAGAUACGCUUUGGCGAAGGAAAAGGAAGAAAGAUCUCUGAAAUGUUCUACACCAAUGAAAGUAAAGAUGAAGUUCCAGAUGUACCAUUGUUUGAUUUUGCAACCAUCUUGGAUGCUACCGAUAACUUUUCAUUGAACAACAAACUUGGAGAGGGUGGUUUUGGUCCUGUUUAUAAGGGUAUGCUGAAAGAGGGACCAGAAAUUGCAGUCAAGAGACUUUCAAGAUACUCGACCCAAGGGACUGAUGAGUUCAUGAAUGAAGUUAUCUUCAUUGCCAAACUCCAGCAUCGGAAUCUUGUUAAGCUUCUUGGUUGCUGUAUUCAAGCAGAAGAAACAAUGUUGAUUUAUGAAUACAUGCCUAACAGUAGUUUGGAUUGGUUCCUUUUUGAUAGAGAUCGGAGCUUACUACUUGAUUGGCCUAAGUGCUUCCAUAUUAUUAAUGGAAUUGUGCGAGGACUUCUCUAUCUUCAUCAAGACUCAAGAUUGCGGAUAAUCCACAGAGAUCUUAAACCUAGCAAUGUGUUGUUAGAUAUUGAUAUGAACCCAAAGAUAUCUGACUUUGGAACGGCAAGAAGUUUCGGAGGAAAUGAGACUGGAGCAAGGACAACCAGAGUGGUUGGAACAUAUGGCUACAUGUCUCCAGAGUAUGCAGCAGAAGGAAAAUUUUCAGUGAAAUCAGAUGUAUAUAGCUUUGGAGUUCUGGUACUGGAGAUUUUAAGCGGGAAGAGAAAUAGAGGGUUCUUCCAUCCAGACCAUCACCAUAAUCUUUUGGGACAUGUGUGGAUCCUCUUCAGAGAAGGCAGGAGUUUGGAACUAAUAAAUGCACAUCUAAGGGAGUCAAGCAACCUGUCUCAAGUGCAAAGAUCAUUCCAUGUAGGUCUAUUGUGCGUGCAGCACUGUCCAGAAGAUAGGCCUACUAUGGCAUCAGUUCUGCUGAUGUUGUCUAGUGACAUUCCAUUGCCCUUACCUAAAGAGCCAGGUUUUUUUACUAAAGCUUACAGUUCAUCUAGCACACAAGGCGAAAGUUCUGUAAAUGAAAUAAGCAUCACAAUGUUGGAUGCUAGAUAGGAGAUCACUGUUUGCUUCCAGAGGCGUUAUUUACUCAAGAGCAUCCGGUUGGUCAACUUAAUAAAGAAUUUUGUGUCCAAUAGCAAUGUGUCCUUUGUCCAGUAUAGUGUUUCACGGGGGGAAUCCAUCGUCUGUAGGAUUCUUUCAUAAAAAUUGCAAAAGGGAUAUGUUGCUGCCAUUUUGAAAGGAUUAAGAAGCACCCAAGUAAAAGUAAUGUCUAAACCUCCUGCUCUGAUUGGCACAAAGCACAAGAGAGAUGGUCAAAUGUGAACAAGUUCUUUUUUAGUCUAUUCUGCACUCAAGGAAAAAAUCUAUAUAUUUCCUUUUCGCUCAGACCUGCCUGAUUUUGAAAUCUGUUAGUGCUGUAGUUAACUUUGCAUCUGAUUUCUUGAUACUAAACAUUCAAGUUAGUCCCCUACC